UUGAUUGUGCGACAGGCCGCGGCCUCACACACACACACACCGACUAGGGGGAAAAAAAGAGAAAAAAAACGGUCUGACACGAGAUAUAACGGGCGUGGAUACCAACACGAAACCACGGGACGACCGCGCACCGGUUCCCCACUUUAACGGCCGAACGCACGAGGACGGACCGGCGGCUCGAGACGGCGCCGAAGACGUCAAAGAAGAAGCGAGAAAAAAGAAAGAAAGAAGGGGAACCGCCGUAACCGGGAGCCGCGCGUGAGGCGGAGCGUAGCUAGCUAGCUAGCUAGCUAACCGUCGUUAGCAGCCGGACUUGAGUGAGCGGGUGCUAGCCGAGCUUUUGUAAUCCGCCGGCCCAGACACACGUCCGGGUCCACCGCCCGAAAUCGGAUUUCCAAGUCGGGACACCGCGCGCUCUUCACAGCCGGAAAGGACAACGAAAAGGCACCGACGUUUUGGCAGGAGGCUGGUUCUGGGGGCGAGGCCAAAGGACCAGACUCAAUGAGUUUCCAGCGACAUGUCAGAGAAGUCAGGGCAAAGCACCAAGGCAAAGGAUGGCAAGACAAAGUAUGCAACCCUUAGCCUCUUCAACACCUACAAGGGCAAAUCUCUGGAAACCCAGAAAACUGCAGUGGCUGCCAGACAUGGCCUCCAAAGUUUGGGCAAAGUGGCCUCCAGCCGACGCAUGCCCCCUCCGGCCAACCUGCCCAGUCUGAAGGCGGAGAACAAGGGAAACGACCCCAACGUUAACAUUGUCCCCAAAGACGGUAGCGGCUGGGCGUCUCGACCCGAGGGAGGGGAGGAGAGGCAACAGGAGACACCGCCACCCCCGAUCAAACCCCCAGUGGUGGUCCAGCCACCAGAGCCAUCUAUUGGGGCCAGCCGCUCCUGGGCCAACAGCAAGCCGACGCAGCCGGAGGGUGCCCCUCGUGUGAGCAGCCAUUUUCAACAGGAGUUUCCCAGCUUGCAGGCGGCUGGCGAGGCGGAGAAAGGGGACGAGCAGGAGGAGGAGGAGCCUUAUGGACCGGGCCCCAGCCUCAGACCUCAAAAUGUUGGCAGUUGGCGUGAGGGUGGAGGCAGGAAUUUAAUCACCGCGCCCGUCCCCCCUGAGAUGGACAACAAGGCCCUGGAGGAGGGCGCCCCGGUCCUCGGUACCCCUACACCGCCGGGGGAAGCCGAGGAGCCUGGGGGAAGCGUAGCCGCUGACGUUAAGAGGGAUGGCAGGGAGCGGUUGCCCCCCUCCGUCGCCCCCCCUCCUCAGCCCAAAGUUAACGGCGGGCAGCAGCCUCCCGCUGGAGGGCCGACUAACUUCGACCCUGCCUUCAGGGGCAUGAUGCCCCCCUACAUGUUCCACGCCUAUCCUCAGAUGACUCUGGCCCCGGGGCAAGGAAACUUCAGAUACCCUGUACCACAAGACGGAGCCAAGAUGGUCAGGGGUCCUCGUCCAAUACGACCCCAGCAGGGACACCCCCAGGCCUGGCUCAAGGACCCAGACCGACCCUCCAUCAUCAGCCUGACGGAACUCAAAGAGCUGGACAACUUGGACACCGAUACCGACGAGGGCUGGGCAGGAGCUCAGAUGGAGGUGGACUACACCGAGAAACUGAACUUCAGCGACGAUGAAGAGAACCAAGCUGCUAAGGAGAAAAGAGAAAACUGGGAGUGGAUGGGUAAAGUGGAGCGUAUGCGAUCUCGGCCGCCAGAUGGUCAGGAGGGGGCCGAGGACCGCGGGGGCAUUAAAAUCUCCCGGGUCGACGGUGACCCCAGAGCGCCAUCACCUGGCGGUGUGGGGCAGCACAACAAGUCAGCUGCCCCACAGGACUACCAGGGGGGCGUCCGUUCUGUUGCUGGUGGAGCCCAACGCGUGGCCAAACAACCGCAGGCCGCGGCGGCGCCCGGCGCCGACGAGGACCCCGAAGCCUGGCGACAGAAGCGCAAGAAGCCUCAGGAGGUUUCUGAAGCCGUGGAGCGAGCGAGGCAGCGGCGGGGAGAAGAGGAACGGCGGAUGGAAGAACAGCGGCUCGCCGCUUGCGCUGAAAAACUCAAGCGUUUAAAUGAAAAAUAUCGGCAGGCGAACGAGGCCAAAACUGCCCUUCCGUCGACCGCCAACGACGAAGAGGGAGCUGCCCAAGAGGAAGAGUCCUCGCCGGCUCCUCCUCCACCUCCUGCCGCAUCCAGUCCUCUACCUUCCAUCCCAGAUUCACAGUCGCAAGCCCCGAUCGUGGAGGCGCCUCUACCUGAGAGGGAGGACCGAGACGAGGAGAAGACGGAGCGAGAACACGAGAGAGUAGAACCAAGUGUGGAGGUGGAGGUGGAGGUGGAGGUGGAGGUGGAGGAGGAGGAGGAGGAGGAGGAGCAGGAGCAGCAGCAGGUGGUGGAGGUGGAGGUGCACCUGCCUCGCCAGCCCAGCCCCCCUGUCCAGAGACCAGUGGCCGAAGCUCCAGAGCCCCAGAGCGAGGGCGAGAGCUGCUCGCUUGAAGUCGGCCCUCCAAUGGAGGAGAACCAGGUAGACGGGACAACAGUGCCCAUCCGAGACUAUUUCAACAUGGAGGACAACAGAGUGGAUGAGCCCCACCUGCACAUGGACACCCCCGGUGGCGAGGAGGCCCCCGUGGCGCCACCGCAGCUGGAAGGAGAAGCAGCAGCUGCCAUGCGUCCCUCUCUUACCUCGGGCUAUUCCAAACAGUUUCAAAAAUCCUUACCGCCUCGUUUCCUCCGACAGCAGGAGCAGAUGAAGCAGCAACAAUGGCAACAACAGCAGCACCAGAGUGGGGGCUCCGUGUCUCCAUCGGGUGGCAGCGGCAGCAUUCCAGCUCCUCCACCACCACCACCACCACAACAACAACAACAACCACAACAACAACAAACACAACAGCAGCAGCAGCAACACCGCUCCAUGUAUCAACCCAUGGGCCCCCACCACCAGCACCUGGCCUCCAUGGGGUUUGACCCCCGCUGGCUCAUGAUGCAGUCCUACAUGGACCCCCGCAUGAUGUCGGGACGUCCUCCCAUGGACAUGUCGACUAACAUUCAUCCUGGGAGGAUGCCUCCGAAGCAGAUUGUGCGCAGAGAGCCCGGCGACAACUCCGGCUCCAGCUCUGACUCCUUCGACCAUUUGACUCGACCAAUCCGUGACCACGGCCUGCCGUCGGACUCGCGCAUGGUGUGGGGCUCGGAGCCGUACCCGCAGUCGGAGCCGCUGCCGUCCGUAACUCCUCCGAAAGGACGGGAAGAUAUCAAGGAGCCGAGGAUGGACUCUCCUUUGGAUCUCCCAGCCAUAUAUCCCCAGGACCACAGUGCAUUGGACUCUCAUAAAAGUAACUUCUUCCAGGACCCUACAGAGUCCCUGUCAGCGUUUACCCAGGGCCCAGAGGACACAACGGGGCCUCUAGACCGGGUACCCGUCGGCUCAGCCUUUGAUCUUGAGGAGCCGGGCCUUCCCAGUGGGGAAGAGGUAGAAGCUCUUGGUCAGGCUAUGCUCCAGAGGAGGUUCUCCCAGGGCUCCAGCCACUCCCUCAAGCUGGAGGAGCCCAGGUUUGACGGGCUAUCCCUGGGAGCUACAUCUCUAGAGCUGCAGGACACGGGAGAACAGGCUGACGAUAAGCCCCAGAAUGAACUCUACCCCCAAGCUGCGGUGACUAGCAACAGGGCGACGCCUCCUGCCGAUGGAUUACACAAACAAGAGAAGCUGCCUCUGCCAGCCACUAGCAAGCAGAGAGCCGAGCUGCGCUGGGGUGCGAGAUCGGGCGCCGGUCGCAGAGAAGGACCAGGGGGAGAGAGACCCGUUCGCAGGUCGGGGCCGAUAAAGAAGCCCGUCCUCAGGGACAUGAAGGAGGAGCGAGAGCAGAGAGAAGAGCGAGAGAAGCGUCACGAGAGAGGAGAAAGAGGCGGUGACCGGUCCAAAAAGGAGCCGUCGGCCAAAGCGCCCACUGCGGCCGCCGCCGUGUCCGAGGGCGCCAGGCCUCAGAGUGAGGGCAAGAGGGAAGCCGCCGAGGAAACGCCGACCGCCCAUCAGAAAGACUCCCAGCCUUCAUCGGGGGUUCCCACCUCUUCCCCUCAGGAGGAGAAAACAGACAAACCGCCCAGCAAUGACAAACACCCAGAACCCAAACUGCCCUUGAGGAAGGAGUCCAAUCUUCCUCCACGUUCCUACCGGCGGGAGGAGAGAGAGAGGGAACGCGAGAGGGAGAAGGAAAUAGACGGGGACCGGGACAGAGACCGGGACCGGGACAGAGACCGGGAGUGGCCCGUUGACUCUAACUUCAAAGGACGCGGUCGAGGGGAGUAUUACGCCAGAGGACGGAGCUUCCGGGGGACUUACGGCGGCCGAAACAGGGGAGGAGGGGGUCGCGGUCGAAGCCGCGCAGAGUUCAAUUACCGAGAGCCGCGCUCGCGCUCCGAUUUACCUUCGGUUGGAGGCGCUGCCGCCUUUCGCAACCGGGAAGAGAGCGAAACGCGCAGCGAGAGCUCGGACUUUGAGGUCAUUCCAAAACGUAGACGGCGUCGCGGUUCAGACACGGAUUCUGAAAGCGAAGGCGGGAGAGAGUCCGCCAGCGAUACCGGACCGUCUGACCGCGAGCCCAGCACCAAACCGAGCCACCCGUUGAGACGAGAGCUCCCCGGGGAGGCCCGGCCCGGGCCCCACAAGCCAGGCUUUGGACCUCCUCACAUGGGGGAGAGGGUUGGACCGAGAGGCGAAGAUGACGGCAGACCGAAGCCCGGAUUCCUCCAGAAAGGAGAGCCUUCUCGGCGAGGAAGGGGAGGACUGUACAGUAGACGGGGUGGAGCGAGGGAGCGCGGCGGCCCCCGCCUGGGCCCUCUUAGACGGCCGGGAGCUAGAGAAUCCUCUUCUCAGUGGCCCUCCAAACCCAUGGAGACGUUCAGGCCCGAGGACACAGAGUCCACGUCGAGAUACGACAAUCCUGCAGCUGACCGACGAUACCCGAGGUCCGACGGCAGGAAAUUCGGAGACAUGGCGUCCCAGAGUAGUAGAGAGAGGCCUCGGCGGUCCAGACCAGCGCGCCCCCCGAGGCAAGAUAAACCUCCCCGGUUUAGGCGCUUGAAGGAACGGGAGGCUGCCGUGUUGGCUAGUGGAGAACCGGCCCCGAGUCCCCCUGUCCCUCUACUGCCAGGGUCUGCAGCUGCCGGUCCCAACCAGAGCUCUCGCUCCCCGACCCGGUCUAGAACUCAUGCAUCUGUGCUUGCUGAAGCGGCGGCCGCUGACUUGUCCUCUCCUGCGGACGCAGCCUCGCCCGGGACCAGCAGCCCCACCACCACCGCGGUCGGCACCAAGUCCCCCGACCUGUCCAACCAGAACUCUUCGGACCAAGCCAACGAGGAAUGGGAAACGGCGUCCGAGAGCAGCGACUUCAACGAAAGGAGAGAGCGGGAGGAAAGGAAAGGAGCGCUGGAGGCCGCCAACGAAGCGGCCUCCGCCGCCUCCGCCCCGGUUCCCGCACCCCCACAGGGCUCUUUGACCCCCAAUAAAAGCCCCCCCGACAGAGGGGUGACCCCCAGACGCGAGGGCGCUCCCGCGGCCAAGAGGAGCUUCUCGAGUCAGAGGCCCGUAGAGAGACCGAAUCGCCGAGGCAACAGCGGAGCCAAACCAGGCCGGGGCUACGCAGGAGUCAAGGGGGAGAGGAGGGGCGGGGCCAAAAGCGGUCGCAAAGGCCCCGCGGCCCAGCAGAACUUGGAAGGCGGAGCCCAAACCGCAGGAGGAGCGUCCCAGAGGCCCACGAAGGACCAGUCGGGCCGUCGCAAAGAUGAGGCCAAACAGGCCGCCGCUAAGAAGCCCAAAGAGAACGCGCUCUCUCAGUUCGAUCUGAACAAUUACGCCAGUGUUGUGAUCAUCGACGACCACCCGGAGGUCACCACCACAGAGGACCCCCAGUCCAACGCCAUCGAUGACGGCUUCACGGAGGUCGUCUCCCGCAAGCAACAGAAACGCCUGCAGGACGAAGAGAAACGGAAAAAGGAAGAGCAGACUCCUCAGAACUGGAGUAAAAAAGGCUCCGGUGAGAAGGGCAGAGGAGGCGGAGGAAAGCUGCCACCGAGAUUUGCUAAAAAGCAGUCAUCGCAACAACAACAACAGCAGCAGCAGCAGCAACAACAGUCCUCUCAGCCUCCUGUAGUCCCUCCACCUCAGGCCCAACCUCAACCCCUCAUUUCUGCUGCCCAGCAUCCUCACCUCGCCCCCGCGCAGCCCGCCGCCGCCGCCGCCUCCCCCCAGACUCUGGAAGGCGCCGCGGCUCCACCGCCCUCCGUCUCCGCUGCCGCUGUGGACUUUACCUCAAAGAGUUUGCUGCCCGCGCAGACGCACGGCACUCUGGGUACAGAGCUGUGGGAGAGCAAGGUGGCGGGCUCCACUGUCCUUCCCGACGCCAAGAAGCUUGGUCCAAUCAGCCCUCCCCAGCCCCCUUCUGUGAGUGCCUGGAACAAACCUCUUACCUCCUUCACCGGCACCGUCUCUGAGGGUGUGAAGCCCGGGUCGGAGGCCGGUGCGGAGUUGGUCAUGGACAUCAUUCAGUUCGGGGCGCCGUCGUCCGCGGGCAGCACCGACAGCGACGGCGUCCCGGCGCUGCUGGAAAUCGUCUCCGAAAACAAACUGCCGGCUCCCAAAGAACAGAGGCAGAAACAACCUCGAGCCGGCCCGAUCAAAACGCAGAAGCUUCCUGAAAUGGAACCGGUGGAAACGAAGGAGUACAAGCCCGGUCCCAUCGGUAAAGAGCGCUCGUUGAAGAACCGCAAGGCCAAAGACGCUCGCGGGGGAGACGGCGACGGGAUGGAGGGAGGAGUCCCCGGAGGAGUCGUCAGCAGAGCCACGGACUCCAGUCCGCCCAUUAUUGACGCCACGGUACCCGAGCUGGGAGGAGACAUCGAGGGCAUGAUCACGAUCCCCUCAGCGGAGUACAACAGCAACUCUAAGGAGUCGGUCACAGACUACACCACGCCCUCCUCCUCACUGGCCGACAGCGUUCCUACGGGAGUGAACAAAAUAGAAGAGAGUUUGGUGGCAAAUGUGGCGCUUCCUCACUCGUUGCCUCUUCCUCGACGAGAGACCCUGCAGCAGAGCUCCAGCCUCAGCACCGUCUCUCCUGCCACCGUUGACCUGACAUUAAAGAUGGAAUCGGCGCGUAAGGCGUGGGAGAACUCCCCGAUUCUGGAGAAGAACUCGCCGGUCACUUCCUCUUCCUCCCCCAUCACCCCCGGCGCAUCCUCGUACUCCACCUUCUCCUCCGCCUCCAUGCCGCAGAUCCCCGUGGCUUCUGUUACCCCCAGCACCUCCCUGUCAGGUGCCGGCACCUACACGACGUCGUCCCUCAGCACCAAGACCACCACGGCCUCUGACCCCCCUAACAUCUGCAAGGUGAAGCCCCAGCAGCUGCAGGGCGGCAGUCUGUCCUCCAGCAGCAGCAGCAGCAGCAGUAGCUUCUCUCAGUUGGGCUGCAUGCCGACCCUCCUGCCCCAGCAGCAGCAGACCCCGCAGGUGUACGUCUCUCAGUCUGCAGCAGGUUCUGCAGCUCAGAUUCCAGCCUUCUACAUGGACACUAGCCACCUCUUCAGCGCCCCCCACCCUCGCUUGGCGCCUCCCUCCAUGGCGCAGCAGCAGGCCUUCCAGCCCGGCAUCUCACAGCCGACAGCAGUGCAGCAGAUGCCCAUCCCUCUCUACGCUCCACUGCAAGGUCAGCACCAACAUCAACAACAACAUCAACAGCAUCAGCAUCAGCACCAACAGCAUCAUCAGCACCAACACCAACACCACCAACAACAUCACCAACACCAGGCUCAGCUCGGACUCGGCACCGGUCCCCCCGUCUCCCAGCAACAGGACCUCUUCAGCUCCUCGCUGCAGCCUUACAGGUCUCAGCAGGCGUUCAUGCAGAGCAGCCUGUCGCAGCCCUCCAUGAUGCUGUCGGGGCCGUCGCUGCACAGCUACGCCGGCGUCCAGGCGUCGGAGCUCGGCAAGCCUCAGUCCAAUCUGGCCUAUCAGCAGGCCUCCUCCGCCCAGCACAUCCCCAUCCUGUUUGAGCCGCAGCUCAACCAGCCCUCUGGCAUGGGAGCCUCCCAGCUCAUCGACACGCACCUGCUGCAGGUAACCAGUCUGCACAAAGGGACUGUUCCACUGGGCCUCAUGGCCCGACAGGGGAUGAGUCAGCAUUCUAACAUGUACUCGGGGCAGGUGCAACAACACGGCCAGAGCAGCUACUACAGCAACACCCAGUCGCCCAGCUCUGCAAUGCAACAGAUGACGGUCUCGAUGCCCAGCUCCCAGCUGUCCCUGUCGAACUACGGCUCGGGUGGAGGCCCGCCCCUCCUGGCGCUGCCCCCCACGCCCCCGCAGGUCCAGCCCCCCAACAUCAACCGACAGCCCCCGAUCUCCCAGCCGUACCGAAGCAUCAUGGGCCCCAACCACAGCAUGAUGCAGCCUCCCACCAGCAAGAUGGACAUGGAUCUGAAACUCUUUGGCGGUGGGAUGGAUGUGAAGCCCGGGACCCCUCCCAUCGGCGCCAGGAGCACUACACCCACCUCCAGCCAUUACAGAGCGAGCUCCACGUCUCCUAGCAACCAGUCCAGUAAGAUCAACAGCAUGCUGUACCAGAAGCAGUUUCAGGCCAGCUCCGCCGGCAUGAGGAUGGCGCAGCACUUCCCGGGCCAGUUCAACCCACAGAUUCUGUCUCAGCCCAACAUCGUGUCCCCUCUGGUUCGACCUCCUCACAUAAACUCGUUUGCCGGAGGCGUCCAGCGCUCUCCCAUGGGGCCCCCGAUGUCACCCAAUGUGGGCGGCGGCCUCAUGCCCCACCCCCAUCCCCGACCUCAGCACCCACAGCACAGCCAGCACCUUCCCCGAGGACCUCCCGUUCCCUCGCUCGCGCCAAGAGGCACACACCUGGCGAUGAAGGCCGAGCAGGACCUAAAGGCGAAGCAGCGGGCCGAGGUGCUCCAGGCCACGCAUAAGUUCUUCUCGGAGCAGCAGCAGCUCAAGGCCACGCAACUCAGCAAGGCGUCGCGGCUCGAUCAGGGGGGGAAACCCCCCCUCGACGCCUCCGCCCCCAACCACCAGGCGUCGGCGGACCGCCCAGAUCUCGACAAACCCCCCAUCUCCACGGCCAAGCCCAUCCGGACCGGCCCCAUCAAACCGCAGGCCAUGAAACCAGAAGAGGGCAAGUAAAGAGCGGCGGGGAACCUCUUCAGAUGACAAUACGAGUGGAUGGAAGAGAGGGAGGGGGGGGUGAGGAUCGAGCCCCCAUUCACUCAGUCACCGCCUCAUAUCAGCCCGUGGGGGGAGGGGGGAGGAGGAUGAUGAUGAGUUGAUGGUCGAGGAGGUGCCGUCCCGUCCCCCCCAAACGUAAUCCUCCUCUUUGUUCCCCUAGCUUGUCCCACUGGCGGCGUUUUGAGUUGGAUUCUUCCAUCUUACUUCGAAGCCGAUAAAGUCGUUCCAUAGAAAUCUACUCGGGACGGUAGAUGAGACGAGAGUUUGGGAGAGGAGUCGAAAAAUGAGAUUUGCUGCUGAGUUUGCCAUUUUUAUUUUAAUAAAUAUAUAUAUAUAUAUAUAUAUAUUCUUUUUUUUUUUUUUUACCCAAAUAGGAUCACUCAUUAUGGGAGAAAGCUUUUCUUUUUUUUAGGGGGGGGUAAACGAAAGAAUCAGUUUUGUUCGUGUAGUCGAAAACGAUCUUGUUAAGAUGUCAUUUUUAGCGAAGCACACUUUUUGUUGCCCGAUCUCCCGUCAAAUAACCAGUCCAGAGAUUUUGUGCCUCCGUUACCAUGGUCACCGCACCUCGAGACGUGAAAUUGUUUUUUUUUUUGUUUACGUUUUGUUGUUUUUACCAGAAUGAAAAUGUGAAAACAAAAAAAAAAUAUUACAGCAGUUGAUUGGAAUGAAUGAUUUUUGAUUUAUCGAUAAGUCGACCCGUGAUGAGCCUUCGCUCCUGCCUUCUGCUCAUCUCUGUGUGUGUGUGUGUUCGUUCGUGGUAUCGAGGGGGGCCACGCGCUCGUAGCUGGACUCUCCUGUUUAUUUAGCCAAAGGUUAAAGCAACGCAGAGAAGACGUCACGGCCUUUCUGGGGGAUUUUAGGAGUUUUGAUUGGACUUUACAGGAUCACUACAUACAGCUACUGCCACACACCCACUUCACUGCUUCUUUGGCCUCACACAAACGUACACACACACACACACACACACACACACAGACACGCACGCACGCACAGCACCCAGACCUGCUGCUAUUGACUGAUUUCAGUGCCCUUCGCUCGAUGGUUGAAACGGUAGAAAACUCAAGUGUGUGUGUGUGUGUGUGUGUGUGUGUGCGUGUGCACCCUCACGAGGACGGAGAACAAGGAGAAGAAGAAAAAGACGAAAAAGCCUCAAGUUCAAACGCGUUUUUUAAGCCGAAGGACACUUAUCGUUUCGUUGUCUUUACUGAUGAGAGCAAUCGGCGCCGUUUUCUGUCUCGCCUCCGCUGGCUCCGCCCACCACGCUUUCAUCCCCGGGGGGGGGGGUUUGUGGGCAACAAGGGGCCCUUCAGAAAUGUACAGUAGUGAGCACCCUGAGGUGGGGAAGAGUCCUUGCUUUGGAGGACAGAAGAGGGAGGGGAGGGUAUUGAUUCUUUUUUUUUUUGUUGAACUUGUACAGGGGAUUCAUCGCUGUAUUAAAAUAUGUACGGUCUUAUUUACAUUCUCUUGGUUUGGUUACAGAAACUAAUAAAAUAAUAUACUGUUGA